UGGAAGAUGUUUGAAGCAGGUACAAUUGUACAAAGAAAAUCAUUGUCAUCGUCACCCACCCACCAAAAUAUACUUGCAACAAAAUCCCCAAUUCUUUGACUCCAAAUUUCAAAUUUGAAUAAAAAGCUUGAAACUUUUUCAGAAAUCAAUCCCAAUUCCCAAAGGAUGUCAACAGAAAUGGCAAGCACGGAUCCAGAAGGAAUAGACGGUGUUCGGAUGACGUGGAACGCAUGGCCUCGCACCAAAGUUGAAGCCAGCAAAUGCGUUAUCCCUUUUGCUGCUUCCAUUUCGCCCAUCCGGCCCCACCCACAUAUCCCUUCAAACCCUUAUGCCCCUCUUCGUUGCAAGACUUGUUCUGCGGUCCUUAACCCCUUUUGCCGUGUCGAUUUCUCCGCUUUGAUUUGGAUCUGCCCUUUUUGUUUCCAAAGGAAUCACUUUCCCCAUCAUUUCUCAGGUAUAUCUGAAACGAAUGUUCCAGCUGAAUUGUAUCCACAAUAUACGACAAUUGAAUAUAGUUUCCCUAAUUCGGAUAUUCAUCAUGUGACUCCUCCGAAUGUGUAUGUGUUUGUGAUUGAUACCUGUAUGAUUGAGGAGGAAUUAGGGUUUGCUAGAUCGGCGUUACAACAAGCGCUUGAGUUUUUACCUGAAAAUGCAUUGGUAGGAUUUGUUUCGUUUGGCACUCAAGUUCAGGUUUAUGAGUUAGGGUAUUCUGAUAUGUCAAAAGUGUAUGUAUUUCGUGGUUCAAAAGAGAUCAGUAAAGAUCAGGUUUUGGAUCAGUUAGGAUUAGGGUCAGGUGGUGCUGUUGGUGGAAGGAGAGUUGGUGGUGGGCCAGGGCAAGGGUUUCAGAAAGGGAUGGCAGGACAAGGUGGAGGGUUUUUGAAUCCGGGGGUAUCUAGGUUUUUAUUGCCGGCUUCUGAAGGUGCAUAUACCAUCCAUUCGCUAUUGGAAGAAUUAGGCACAGAUCAAUGGCCAAUUGCACCAGGUAAUCGAUCCUUAAGGUGCACCGGGGUUGCAUUGAGUGUUGCAGCUGGUUUGCUAGGUGCUUGUAUGCCGGGAACUGGUGCUCGAAUAGUGGCAUUGGUUGGUGGUCCAUGCACUGAAGGUCCUGGUUCGAUUGUAUCAAAAGAUCUCUCAGAUCCAGUACGUUCACAUAAAGAUCUGGAUAAGGAUGCGGCACCAUAUUUUAGGAAAGCAGUUCAGUUUUAUGAGGAACUUUCAAAGCAGAUGGUCAGCCAGGGUCAUGUCUUGGACCUUUUUGCUUCCGCACUUGACCAGGUUGGGGUAGCAGAGAUGAAAGUUGUUAUUGAAAGAACUGGUGGCCUUGUAGUUCUUGCUGAAAGUUUUGGGCAUUCAGUUUUUAAGAACUCAUUUAGACGUGUCUUUGAGAAGGGGGAAGAAUCUCUUGGUCUCGCACACAAUGGCACCCUUGAGAUUAAUUGUUCAAAGGACAUUAAAAUUCAAGGAAUCAUUGGACCUUGCACAUCGUUGGAGAAGAAGGGAACUGCUGUUGCCAGCUCAGUGAUAGGGCAGGGGAACACCAUAGCUUGGAAGCUGUGUGGACUCGACAAAGAUACUUGUUUAACAGUUUUCUUUGAUAUAUCAUCAAGUGACAAGUCAGAUGCUUCAGGAAAUGUAAAUCCACAGUUGUAUAUACAGACCGUUACGAGUUACCAGAGUAUUGAUGGAGAAUCGAAGAUGCGAGUUACUACCAUUACUAGAAGCUGGUUAGAGAGUUCUGCUCUGUCAGAGGAAUUAAUCCAAGGUUUUGAUCAAGAGGCAGCUGCUGUGAUUAUUGCUAGAUUAAUUUCUUAUAAAAUGGAGAUGGAGUUACAGGAAACAUUUGAUGCAACUAGGUGGCUAGAUCGAAACCUUAUUCGUCUCUGUUCUAAAUUUGGAGACUACCGAAAAGAUGAUCCAUCUUCAUUCGCCUUGAACCCUUGUUUUUCAUUGUUCCCGCAGUUUAUGUUCAAUCUUCGAAGAUCACAAUUUGUGCAGGUGUUCAAUAAUAGUCCAGAUGAGACGGCUUAUUUUCGCAUGAUGCUUAACCGGGAGAGUAUAACAAAUGCGGCUGUCAUGAUACAACCUUCAUUAAUAUCGUAUUCAUUUAAUUCACUGCCUUCACCUGCAUUACUUGAUGUGGCAUCCAUUUCAGUUGAUAGAGUCCUUCUACUAGAUUCGUACUUUAGUGUAGUUAUCUUUCAUGGUCUGACAAUAGCUCAAUGGAGGAACAUGGGCUACCAAAAUCAGCCAGAACACCAGGCGUUUGCACUGUUAUUGCAAGCACCACAUGAUGAUGCUGAAAUUAUAAUACGUGAUCGGUUUCCUGUCCCAAGAUUGGUGGUGUGUGAUCAACAUGGUUCUCAGGCUCGAUUCUUGCUGGCCAAGUUGAACCCAUCAGCAACAUACAACAAUGAAGGUUCGGCUGGAAUGGAUGUUAUAUUCACUGAUGAUGUGAACCUUCAAGUGUUUUUUGAACAUCUACAGAAGCUUGCAGUUCAAUCUUCAUGAGACCAGAUUUAAAAUACUUUAUACACUCCCAAAAGUCAAAGUCCAUCGUUUACAGCCAAAACACAAUGCUUUAAGGUAUUGUAAGAAGUGAAAGACACCAUUUGAUAUAUUCAAAAGAAUAAGGAGUACAUGGGGACGUGUUAAAUCUCAAUAUCAAGAAGGAGAUUAGGCAGCAAGAUAGGCAUUUUACAUUUGGCGGUUUUGUAAGUUAAUAGAUAGUAUGUUUAUUGUGUAUUGACUUUCUCAGGUUAUAUGAUGAAUUAUUCCCUUUGGGGGAGCUGGAAAAUGCAAGAAAACAUGGGGUUUUAGUUCCAUUUUCAGGUUCUGGUUAUGUAGUUGUUUCGAUACAUACUACACUUGAACCUUUGUUUUCAAUCUGCUUUGUACCUUGGAUUCACAUGUGAAUGGAAUUGGAUUUUGUUUGAUA